CAAGAAUGACGCAGUGUCUCAACUUCCCAAUUUUUUGCGAAUAAACAAAAUCAGAAGAAAAUCAAAACAUAAGUUACCGAUUCAACCUAAGAUGGCUACUUAUCAGGAGUUUAUACAUCAAAAUGAAGAUCGUGAUGGUAUUCGAUUUAGUUGGAAUGUUUGGCCAUCAAGUAGACUUGAAGCUACAAGAAUGGUUGUUCCUGUAAGCUGUUUAUACACUCCUCUCAAAGAAAGGCCAGACUUGCCACCUAUUUGUUAUGAGCCUGUUAUAUGUUCUAAAGGUAGCUGUCGUGCUAUUCUUAACCCACUAUGCCAAGUAGAUUUUCGUGGUAAAUCAUGGAUAUGUAAUUUUUGUUUUCAAAGAAAUGCGUUUCCUCCGCAUUAUGCUGGAAUAAGUGAAGAACAUCAACCUGCUGAAAUCAUUCCUCAAUUUUCCACUAUUGAAUACACUUUGCCAAGGCAGCUUAAUAAUCCACUUAUCUUUUUGUUUGUUGUUGAUACUUGUCUUGAUGAGGAAGAUUUAAAUGCAAUUAAAGAUUCUCUGCAGAUGUCACUUAGUUUAUUACCACCAACAGCACUAGUUGGUCUUAUUACAUUUGGUCGUAUGGUUAAUGUUCAUGAACUUGGUUGUGAUGGAAUUUCAAAAAGUUAUGUUUUCAGAGGCAAUAAAGACAUCACAACUAAACAAUUGCAGGAUAUGUUAGGGAUUGGUCAAAAGGGCCAGCAACAACAACAAAAAUUGCCUGCCCCAGUAGAUGAAAUACAUAACAGGUUUCUUCAGCCCAUUCACAAGUGUGAAAUGAGUGUAACAGAUUUAAUUGGUGAAAUUCAACGUGAUCCAUGGCCUGUUGCUGCAGAUAAAAGGCCACUGCGCUCUACUGGUACUGCUUUAGCGAUUGCUGUCAGUUUAUUAGAGUGUUCAUAUCCUAACACUGGUGGUAGAAUUAUGCUAUUUGUUGGUGGACCUUGCACUCAGGGCCCUGGAAUGGUUAUUGAUUAUGAACUUAAAAAUGUAAUACGAUCUCAUCAUGAUAUAACAACUGACAACACACCUCACAUGAAAAAAGCUAUUAGGUUUUAUGAAAGCAUAUCCAGCAGAGCAUCUGAUAAUGGACACACUAUUGACAUAUAUUCCUGUUCUCUUGACCAACUUGGUCUUCUUGAAAUGAAAUCAAUUCCCAAUAAUACAGGAGGCUACAUGUUUAUGGGAGAUUCAUUUGAUACUGCACUUUUUAAGCAGUCAUUUCAAAGAGUGUUUUCUAAAGAUGCGAAGAAUGAAUUUAAAAUGGCAUUUGGUGUAAACAUUGAAGUUAAGACAUCUAAGGAGUUAAAGAUUUCUGGAUGCAUUGGACCAUGUACUUCACUUGAAAAGAAAGGUCCAAACAUUUCUGAAACGGAAAUUGGUAUUGGAUCAACUUCAGCUUGGAAAGUCAGUGGAAUGGAUUCUAAUACAACAUAUGCUUUUUUCUUCGAAAUUACUAACUCGCAUACUGCACCAGUGCCACAAGGUGGCCGUGGCUGUAUACAAUUUAUUACACAAUAUCAGCAUUCUUCUGGCCAGCGCCGUGUACGUGUAACUACAUGUGCACGCAAUUGGGUAGACUCAGCAAACAUGCAUCAUGUUCCUGCAAGUUUUGAUCAAGAAGCAUCUGCUGUCCUUAUGGCACGUGUAGCUGUGCAUCGCUGUGACAGUGAUGAUAAUGUACAAGACGUCUUAAGGUGGUUAGAUCGUAUGCUAAUUCGGCUUGUUCAAAAGUAUGGCGAAUAUAACAAAGAUGAUGCCAUCUCUUUUCGCUUAGCUGAUAAUUUUUCUUUAUAUCCUCAGUUUAUGUUCCAUCUAAGACGGUCACAAUUUCUGCAGUACUUUAACAAUAGUCCAGAUGAAACCGCAUUUUAUCGCCAUUAUCUUGAUAAAGAAGAUGUUACAAAUUCAUUGAUAAUGAUCCAACCUAUACUUUAUUCGUACUCAUUUCAUGGUCCUCCAGAACCUGUUUUAUUGGAUUCGAGUAGCAUUCAACCAGAUACAAUAUUAUUACUUGAUACCUACUUUUUAGUUCUUAUACAAAAUGGUGAAACAAUUCAAGCAUGGAAAAAUAUGAACUAUCAAGACGAUCCAGCAUAUGAAAAUUUCCGUCAGUUGUUGCAGGCACCUAUCGACGAUGCUCAAGAAUUACUGCAAAAUCGAUUUCCAGUACCAAGAUAUGUUGAAACUUAUCAUGGUGGAAGUCAGGCUCGGUUUCUUUUAUCUCGAGUAAACCCAAGUCAAACUCACAAUAACAUGUAUAUGAUGGGCGGUGGAGAUACAGGAUCUGCGAUAUUAACUGAUGACGUCAGUCUUCAAGUAUUUAUGGAUCAUUUGAAAAAACUUGCAACCUCUUCGGCAACGUAAAUGAAAAAAUUGUUUAGGAAUAAAAUUUGAAUGUAAUUUAUUUUUGCGGUACAUUUUAUACUCUA